CCCCCACCUCCCCCGCUCCGGCGGCGGCCGGGGAACGCGGCGCACAUGGAGGUGCCGGGCCGCUGCCACCGCCGCUGCCGCUGCCUCGCCUCGCUGCUGCUGCUCCUGGCUUCGUGCUUCGGGUGCGCGGCGGCGCCGCGGAGGAGCAUCCCCCGCCGGCAAGCAGAUAGGCUGGGGCCUCCUCUCGACAUACUGCUGGAUUCACUGAACUGCACAGCGUUCAGCGUGCAAUGGAGGAUGCCAAAGCAACACGCGAGCACCAUCACGGGAUAUACGGUCUUUUACUCAGAGGUUGAAGACGACAAAGCAGUUAAACAGCUCUCACACGAUGUUCCCCUGAGUAUGGAUGUACUCAGCAUGGGUCAACUUGAAGGACAAGCAAUUUUUGAAGUUGUUAUCGGUGAUCUAAAGCCAGGCACUCCACACCGCGUUAGCGUUGGAGCGUACGGCUGGGCAGGGAAAGGACGACCCAGCAUGCCCAGAGACGUGACAACCUUAUCCCAAGAUAAGUGCAUGCCCCCUGCACCGCCCUAUCAGCCCCAGAUCGUGGUAGUUUCUGAUUCAGAAGUUGCCUUAUCCUGGAAGCCCGGAGUGAGCGAAGGAAGUUCUCCCAUCCAGUACUACACGGUGGAGUUUAUCAGGCCAGACCUUGACAGCAAUUGGACAGUAAUAAGAGAGCAGAUCCAGAUGGAGUCCAUGGUUCUCAAAGGACUUCUCCCAAACACCAAGUAUCAGUUUGCCGUCCGAGCAGCAAACUCCUACGGAUCCAGCCCUGCUAGUGCACCGAGCGACGUCAUCCGAAUGUUCAGCUCUGAGGAGUUAGGAAGUGGAAGCUAUGGGCACCAGUACAUCACAGACACAGUGACUGGUGAUGAUGAUGGAUUUGAUAUCGAUGACUCAGACUACGACAUUUACAUAGAAGAGCUCAGGCCACUUCCUGCUAUCAAAGGAGGCAACAGAAAAUUUCUGGUCGAAACUAAGGUCACGCCAGGGUCUAGUUCCAGGCUCCUGUCACGGGUCCUUACAACCACUUCUGAACCCACUACUUCCGCUCCCACCACCACGCGGCCUUCAACCACAGCAAGGGUGACUACGGCUCGGGCAGCAAGGAGGGGCGGCACGUCUUCUGCCACACGCCUCUUUGAUCUCUCUUGCGAUGAGGCCAUCUGUUCUGCAGACAGCUUUUGCAUCAACGACUACGACCGGGGUGGCUCACGCUGCCACUGCAACUUGGGAAAAGGAGGAGAGACGUGUGCGAAAGAUAUUAUUAUCCAAUAUCCUCAGUUCUCUGGGUACUCGUACAUCACCUUUGAACCACUGAAAAACUCCUAUCAGACAUUUCAAAUUACCCUUGAAUUCAGGGCUGAAUCAGAAGAUGGUUUGCUGCUAUACUGUGGAGAAAAUGAACACGGUCGUGGUGAUUUUACGUCACUGGCAAUCAUCCAGCGAAGCAUCCAGUUCAGGUUCAACUGUGGCACUGGAGUUGCAGUCAUAAUGAGUGAAAAAAAAAUCAAGCUGGGGAACUGGCACAGCGUCACGUUGUUCAGAGACGGGAUGAAUGGCUGGCUCAGGAUGGACAACGACCCUCCAGUGACAGGAAAAUCUCAGGGCCAAUACAGUAAAAUUACGUUCCGGACUCCCUUCUAUGUUGGCGGUGCCCCCAGCGUGUACUGGCUGGUCAGAGCCACAGGCACCAACCGUGGGUUUCAGGGCUGUGUUCAGUCGCUCAGUGUCAACGGAAAGAUAAUUGAUAUGAGACCCUGGCCAUUAGGGAAAGCUCUCAGUGGUGCUGAUGUCGGUGAGUGUAGCAGUGGCAUCUGUGACGAGGCGUCGUGCAUCAACAGUGGUACCUGUACUGCGAGCAAAGCAGAUUCAUACAUUUGCCUUUGCCCUCUUGGAUUUAAAGGUCACCAUUGUGAAGAAGCACUCACCUUGGCCAUACCUCAGUUCAACGAGUCCUUAAGGUCAUUUGCUAGCACACCCUGGCCCUUGGAACCACAGAAUUACCUUUCCUUCAUGGAGUUUGAGAUGACAUUUCGUCCAGAUUUAGAGACUGGUGUCCUUUUGUACAGCUACGACACAGACAGCAAGGACUUCCUCUCCAUUAACAUGGUGGCUGGUUAUGUGGAGUUCAGGUUCGACUGUGGCUCAGGAACAGCUGUUAUCAGGAGCGAAGAACCUGUCAGUCUAGGUCAGUGGCAUGAGUUGCGAGUGUCUCGCACAGCGAAGAAUGGUAUCCUACAAGUGGACAAACAAAAGCCAGUGGAAGGGAUGGCAGAGGGGGCUUUCACACAGAUUAAGUGCAGCUCAGAAAUAUUUAUUGGUGGAGUCCCUAGUUAUGAUACUGUGAAGAAGAACUCUGGGAUCCUCAGACCCUUCAGCGGGAGCAUCCAGAAGAUUAUCUUGAAUGACCGGACAAUCGAUGUGAAACGCGAUUUCACUUUUGGAAUCAACAUAGCGAAUGCUGUCCACCCCUGCGUGAGCUCACCAUGUGCAAAUGGAGGCACCUGCGUUCCCAAGAAGGACAGCUACGAAUGUGACUGUCCCCUGGGCUUCGAUGGGCAACAUUGCCAAAAAGAGUGUGGAAGUUACUGCCUAAACACCAUUACAGAAGCAAUUGAAAUCCCACAAUUUAUUGGUCGCAGUUACCUCACAUAUGAUAAUCCAGAUAUCCUGAAAAGGGUAUCAGGAUCAAGAACGAAUGUAUUCAUGAGGUUUAAAACCACAAUGAAGGAAGGUCUUUUGAUGUGGAGGGGCGACAGUCCCAUGCGACCUAACAGUGAUUUCAUUUCUCUAGGCCUUCAAGAAGGAGCAUUAAUAUUCAGCUACAAUUUGGGCAGUGGCAUUGCUUCCAUCACGGUGAAUGGCUCUUUCAGCGAUGGCCGAUGGCACAGAGUCAAGGCUGUUCGGGAUGGACAAUCUGGCAAAGUAACUGUGGACGAUUACGGUGCCAGGACCGGUAAAUCUCCUGGGAAGAUGAGGCAGUUAAACAUCAAUGGAGAUCUCUAUGUAGGUGGCAUGAAGGAAAUAGCCCUGCACACAAACAGGCAGUACAUGCGGGGCCUGGUGGGCUGCAUCUCCCACCUCACACUUUCAACCGAUUACCACAUCGCGCUGGUGGAGGAUGCCGCCGAUGGGAAGAACAUCAACACGUGUGGGACCAAGUGACAAGAGAGAAAUCCCGGUGCCGAGGACCCAUCGUGUGCUUGUGUGUGUGGCUGAGUGCGAGCUGGCUGCCACAGCCCUCUACAGCUGGCCCACGUUCACCAUCUGGGAAGGUGACAGAGCCAAAGGGAAACUCGAAAAAAAGAAAGAACAUUUUUCCCUCUCCUUUCCUCUCCUUUCCUGACCAAACCAAACCGAGUAUUUUGUGUAUGAAGCGUCCCUCUACCUGUUAAGUGUUUAGUAAAUGCUAAAGGUUGUGCUUUGGUGCAAACGGCAAAGAAAUGUGUGAUGUUAUGAGUAGCUCAAUGACUGUGUUUUGGUCCUUAGGUUAUCUUUUGUAAUAUCAGAGAAAGCAGUCUUGAAACACCUGCAUUCAUCCCGCCCUGCAGUGGUACAAUGACUGUGCUGUUCAACAAAUACAGCAUCAGGCAGUGUAUCUAUGCAUUCAAAUGUAUGUCCCGGAACAAGCAGUUCUCCUUACCACUCUCUGAUUUAGCUAAAUUAUAUUUCAUCUUGUGUAAAUAACAGCUACAGUGACUGGUUUCAAAAUGUUGUUGCUUGUUGAAGGGGAUAGUUCUUAAAGUCUACUUUUUUAUUACAAGCAACAAAGCCAAUGAACCAAUUUUGUAGAAGUAAUUUUUUACUUGUAUAUUUUUUAUAGCUGCAGCAGACCUGCUUACAUGGUAUAACUUUUAACAUUUAGGUGUACUAUACAAUUAGCUCUUUGCACACUUUCCUAAAAAUAGCAAUGUGGUUUAAAUUUGUUAUACAGGAGGCUUACUGUCUAUAUUAUACAGUUUUGGUGGGGAUAUUUGUGAGUUAUGAUCAGUUUUAAAUCUGACUCUUUUUGUUUUGUAAAUUUUGACAGUUUAGAAUUGUACAUUAUGAAGCUUUCCUGGCUUAAACAGAUUAAAAGAUUAGGAAAAAAAGAGCAAAUGCUUGCUACUGUGGUAUUAUAAAUCACUUUUUUUUUUUUGCUGAAAAAUGAGAAAAGGGAUGUGCAAGAUAGAUACCUUGGUGCACACCGUCCUCUUAAAAUAAAAUAUUUUCUAGGCACUGGACCAACACUUAUGCAACCUUGAUUGCCAAACUGUAAUU